AUGGAGCGCACGACAACGCCGCCGCCGUCGAAGGCAGCGCCGCCCGUCGCCUCGCCGCCCACUCCAGAGGUGACGAGGCGGAUAGAAGAGAGCCGCCUGCGCGCCAAGGCUAUUCGAGAUCAGCGUGAAGUCGAGCAGCGCGCAUCGGGCACCCUGCCGUCGCCGCCCAGGACGACUUCGGGCUUUGUUCAGACGGCAGACAUUCACGUCGCAAAGCCCAUCAACGGCAAGCGUCCCCACAGCUCGAUAUCCGGCGCUGCUACCGCCGCCGCCGCGGGCUCAAACCGCGAUGGCCGCAAGCAGGGCGACGACGGCGCGCUGCGGCCGGCGCCCAAGUUUGCAAAGUUUGUCGACUACAACAUGAGCUCCAUGACGGACACAAAGGGCGGCUUCCUGUCGACGGACGACGACCCCCACAACUACGCCCUCGGGGCCAAGAAGCCCGGCCAGCCAGCCGACGAGCUGCGGCCCAAGCACAUGAGCGUCCAGGAGUGGGAGCGCCUGCAGCUGAUGCGCAAGCUCAAGCGCCAGAAGGCGGGGCCCUUUGAGCCGGGCCUCAGCGUGCUCGAGGACGAGGAGAAGCGCAAGCGGUGCAGGGAGUGCAGGAGCCUCGAGAUUGACUUUGUCUGGGAGGAGGUCUUUCACAUCUGCGUCUGCCACCGGUGCAAGGACAAGAUCCCUGAAAAGUACUCGCUCCUGACCAAGACGGAGUGCAAAGAGGACUACUUGCUGACGGAUCCCGAGUUGCGUGACCCCGAGCUCCUCCCGCACCUCUCCCGACCCAACCCCCACAAAUCCCACUGGCACGACAUGAUGCUGUUCUUGCGCUUCCAGGUGGAAGAGUACGCCAUCAAGACAAAGUGGGGAUCGGCCGAGGCGCUCGACGCCGAGUUCGAGCGGCGCGAGGCGCAGAAGAAGGCGCGCAAGGAAGCCAAGUUCAAGGACAAGCUCAUGGACCUGAAGCGCAAGACGCGGACCGACGCGUUUCGCCGCCAGGCCGGCACGCUGGGCAGGACGGGGGCGAGCAAGUUUGGGGACGCGGUCGGCGGCGCGAGGCACGUUCACGAGUGGGGGCGGACGGUGGAGAACGAGGAGGGCAUGACGAUCAAGACGUGUGUCGAGUGCGGCAUGGAGGUGGAGGAGUUGGAGAUGUAG